AAUUUUGAAAUACAAAGCAAAAAAGUUUUUCAUAAAAGUUCAUUAAACCUUUUGCCUAAAUUAUGGCAUGUGUUAUUAAGAUUAGAAAUAAAUAUUCUGCUAGAAAUCUAGAAUUCUGCCACACGUCAUGCCACGUGGCGGACCUUUAAUGUAUUUAAAAGCCCUUAAACUCAAUGCCAUAAUCAAUUUUGAGGAAACAACAGUUACAAAGCAAAAUGACUAGUAAGGUCGUCUUCCUUCUUCUCCUCUCUCUCGUCGUCGUCCUCCUCCCUCUCUACGCCUCUGCGGCUGCCCGCGUCGGUGGUUGGAGUCCCAUCAGCAACGUUACGGACCCUCAAGUCGUAGAGAUCGGUGAAUUCGCGGUCUCCGAGUACAACAAACGGAGCGAAUCGGGACUCAAGUUCGAGACGGUUGUUAGCGGCGAGACUCAGGUCGUAUCUGGUACAAAUUACCGUCUUAAGGUGGCGGCUAAUGACGGCGACGGAGUGAGCAAGAACUACUUGGCAAUCGUAUGGGACAAGCCGUGGAUGAAAUUCAGAAAUCUCACUUCCUUCGAGCCUGCCAAUAAUGGUCGCUUCCUUUAAGCUUUUAACAUGUAACCGCUCUUUAUUAAUAUUGCAGAAACAUUAAAAACAAAGGAGUUGAAAUAAACAUAAGACAAUUAUUGUGUCUAUUUUAUGUAUUUCUAUAGUUUUCAAAAUAUGCAAAUCUGAAGAAAUGAUGAUUGAACAAGUUCUUUGACAAAUCCGGUAAUUAUGCCGGAUAAUCUGGUAUGCAAAUUAUGGGUCAGUCACGAGACAGUUGAGAGAUGUAAUAACACUCUCUAAAUAAAACAAUUAAAUGAGUCAAUUACAAAACAGGAGACA